GCUACCUGCAGUAAAGUAAACCCUCGUAGUUCCGGAUCCAAAUUCAACAGUGUCAAUAAAGAAGUCUGAUAUUACUGAAAAUCCAAAAUCCAUGGGCGACUAAGAUCUGAGUCCUCCGUCUUCUUCAUUUCAUUUCUUUGAUUAUCGAGAUUUACAAUGGCUUCCAUAAACUAUUAUUUCCUACUCGCGAUUAUACUUUUCCACAGUUAUCGACUCGCGAUUGCUGAUUCUUCUAUUCAAGGAUGUGGUGGAUUCGUUGAGGCGAGUUCAGCUUUGAUAAAAUCGAGGAAGCCAACGGAUGCGAAAUUGGAUUAUUCUCACGUUACGGUUGAACUACGGACGUUGGAUGGGUUGGUUAAGGACCGGACACAAUGUGCUCCUAAUGGUUACUACUUCAUUCCAGUUUACGACAAGGGUUCUUAUGUAAUCAAAAUCAAGGGACCCGAGGGAUGGACAUGUGCCCCCGAACAGGUUCCUGUUGUUGUUGAUCAUGCUGGUUGCAAUGCCAAUGAAGAUAUAAAUUUUCGAUUUACUGGGUUCACGUUGUCCGGAAGAGUCGUGGGAGCAGUUUCUGGGGAUAGCUGUCCAAUUAAAAAUGGCGGUCCAUCAAAUGUGAAUGUCGAGCUUAUGUCUCCCGGUGGGGAUGUUGUCUCUUCAAUCUCAACUACAUCAACCGGAACUUACUCAUUCAAAAACAUUAUUCCAGGAAAGUAUAAAAUUGGUGCUUCACGUCCUGAUUUAAAUAUCGAGACCAAGGGUUCUGUAGAGGUGGAAUUAGGUUUUGAUAACAGUGUGGUGGAUGAUAUUUUCUUCGUAUCCGGAUAUGAUAUUCGUGGUUAUGUGGUUGCCCAGGGAAAUCCCAUAUUGGGAGUUCAUUUUUACCUAUACUCGGAUGAUGUCUCGGAAGUAAAUUGCCCGCAUGAUUCUGGUAAUGCACCUGGUCUUGGGAGAGCUCUUUGUCAUGCUGUAUCUGAUGCUGAUGGGAUGUUCAAAUUCACAUCAAUACCAUGUGGUAUCUACAAGUUGAUACCUUUCUACAAGGGCGAGAAUACAGUUUUUGAUGUUUCACCUCCUUCAAUGCUGGUCUCUGUUCAGCACGAUCAUGCUAUAGUCCCUCAAAGGUUUCAGGUAACUGGGUUUUCUGUUGGAGGUCGUGUUGUUGAUGGUAAUGGCAUUGGGGUGGAUGCUGCAAAAAUCAUAGUGGAUGGCCAUGAAAGAUCAAUAACUGAUAAAGAAGGAUAUUACAAACUUGAUCAGGUUACAUCACAAAGAUACAGUAUUGAAGCCAAGAAGAAGCACUACAAGUUUGAAACACUAAAUGACUUUUUGGUUUUACCAAACAUGGUUUCAAUUGUUGAUAUCAAAGCUGUAUCAUAUGAUUUAUGCGGCACGGCACAGACAGUUA